GAGACCAGAGGAAUGGUGUGUUUUCUCUCCAGCUCAGGUCUAAGCUGACUCUUGCUCCUGCUGCCGGGAACAUGGGAGAUUUGGAGGAAGAUGUAAAGUUUAUAGUGGAUGAGACCUUGGACUUUGGAGGGCUGUCACCAUCUGACAGUCGUGAAGAGGAAGACAUAGCAGUGUCGGUGACUCCGGAGAAACCCUUCCGACGAGGCCUCUCCCACCGAAGUGACCCAAAUGCAGUGGCCCCUGCCUCCCAGGGUCUGAGGUUCAGCUUAGGCCCCCUCAGCCCAGAGAAGCUGGAGGAGAUCCUCGAUGAAGCCAACCGGCUGGCAGCUCAGCUGGAGCAGUGUGCCUUGCAGGAGCGGGAGAUCACAGGCCAGGGCCCGGGGCCUCGCAGGAUGAAGCCCAGCCCUCGGCGGGAGACGUUUGUGCUGAAGGACAGUCCUGUCCGGGACCUGCUGCCCACUGUGAGCUCUUUGGCUCGGAGCACCCCCUCCCCAAGCAGCCUGCCACCUCGACUCCGGAGCAGUGAUAGGAAGGGGUCAGUCAGGGCUCUUCGAGCAACAUCUGGAAAGAGGCCCUCCAGCGUGAAGAAGGAGUCGCCCACGUGCAAUCUGUUCCCCGCAGCCAAAAGCCCGGCAUCUUCUCCUCUUGCCCGAUCAACUCCUCCAGGCCGGGGAAAAGCUGGGCCCAGUGGGAGAGCAAUAGCAAGCCCGCCUACCCCUGUCAGACCAGUCUUGGCCCCACAGCCUUCUACCAGCAACUCUCAGCGCCUGUCUCGGCCACAGGGAGCAGCUGCUAAACCUUCCAGUCGGCUGCCUGUUCCCUCUGCCAUCCCCAGGCCUGCCAGCCGAAUGCCACUCACCAGCCGGAGUGUACCACCCAGCAAAGGUGCCCUACCUCCAGAUUCUCAGUCAACUCGGAAAGGACUUCCAAGACCCAGUGCUGCAGGGCACAGAGCGACCAAAUCUUCCCCUCACUGGUGCCACUCGCAGCAAUCUGCAGCCCCCCAAGAAAGUUGCAGACCCAGGACCUACCAGGUAAGACUGGUUGAGAUGCUUUCUCUCUCUCCUCUGCCAUCUGGGCUUCUGAGCUGUUAUGCACAUCAGCCCUGAAUCCUGUGUGGCAAGAUAAGGGUGAGGAGGGGAGCCUGUAGAGGUGGGGAAGCCCAUUUCUUCCUACCCUGAGGAUCUCGAACUCAGCUGGGUGAGGAAGAAGGGCAAUUUAAGGCAGUUCCUCCUUCUGUCUCUUUAGGUAGAGAGAUCAGGACAGCAAGCAAGAAUUCAGUAGCAAACCACUACAGUCACUGCCUGGACUCACCUCUCCUGGGCCUCCCCAGUCCUCCCGUUGGAGGCAGGCCCUGACUUCAGCAGAUUCUGGCCCAGGGGCAGGAGGAAGAGAUGCCACCAGGGCUAGUGCCCAGGAGUAGAGACCGUGGGAGAUGGGAUAGAUCAGGAGUGAGCUGGGGGAGAAUCAAACUCUCUGGAUUGAAAGAAGAUUAGGGAAAAAAGAGGUCGCCUCCCAGUAGUGAAAUUAACAAACAAAAAAUGAGAAAUGCAGGAGAGUGGAUUGUCCUCAUCCACCCCCACUCUUGUGUUCAGCUGCAGAGAGUUUGAUCUUCUUCCCAGGCAUUGGUUCACUGGACGUUUACAUGUGAAUGGUCUCUGUGGCUAACCUCCCUGCUCUCUGAGGAGGGGUCCUCCUGAGUCACAUCCUCUACUGGACUCGGGCCUGUUUGGAGAAGCAGAGGCAGGCAUCUGGUUUCCAGAACUUGUUUCCUGUAAAUUCUGUGACUCCUAACAGGCCAGUUUAUGAUAAGCUUACUCCAUCAGUCUGCAUUUUUCUAAAAUAAAAUGAAUGUAUUUUUAUA